GAUAAUUCGUGCGUACGCGAAGGCUCUCGUUCAGUGUAACUGCAAGCGCCGCGCCGUGACACGGUCGCGCCUCCCUGCACCACUCGCGGAUUAACACGUGCUCCAUCUGCAUCAACCGGUUGCCGGCAUUCGCGGAAUCUCCACAUCUAAGGAAGUCAUGAUGAGGUGUCUUACUAUAGUGCUAUGCGCUUACCUUGCAUCAGCGAGUGCGUCACUCGAAGUAGUGAAUCAAUGGAACGUGCUCCAAUUCGACUUCCCGCCGGACCCCGUGCUGUUGGAGAAGUUUCAACCGGAGAACACUGUGCCAACGGGCUUAGAGAUUGGCUGGGACCGAAUCUACUUAGGAAUCCCACGGCUUAGGGCCGGCGUGCCGGCCACGCUAGCCUGGGUGCCACGCAGCCUGCCGCCAGGCGUCAGUCCAGUGCUCCAGGCGUAUCCCGACUGGUCAUGGCACACUGCAGGACGCGGCGACAUUAACUGCACCGGCCUCAUCUCGGUGUACAGGGUGCGCGCCGACCGGUGCAACCGACUCUGGGUGCUAGACGCCGGCGUUAUCACCAGCAUUGACGACUUCCGACGCGUCUGCCCACCCAAGAUACUCAUCUUCGACAUGGCCACUGAUCGAUUGGUAAGGAGUGUGUAUUUCCCACGUGAACUGCUGCGGCUGGCUUCUCUACUCACCAACCUGGUGCUGGACGAUUCCCGCUCUUCAUCUGGUCAUCAUGCCGGCUCCUGCGACAAUAUCUUUGCUUACAUCAGCGACACCGUCGCACCAGGUAUCAUAGUGUACGACGGUGCGCGCGACAAUGCUUGGCGUGUGACCCACGCCUCCAUGUACCCUGACCCUGACAUGGGCGAGUACGACAUCGGCGGUGAACGCUUCACCCUCAUGGACGGUGUCGUCGGCCUGGCCCACUCCCCCGCACAAGGACUGCUCUACUACCAACCUCUUGCAACCGAUAGAUUGUUCAGCGUUUCCACGGCGGUGUUAGCGUCGGGUCCCCCGGCUGAAGGCGCCGACUUGCCUGUGAACCUCGUCGGCCGCAAAUCUUCCCAGGGCCUCGGCGUGGCCGUCGACCCGCGCGAUGACACCAUCAUCUUCAGUCCUAUCUCCGAAACUGCCAUUGCAGCUUGGAACCCCAUUACUAACUCACACAAGGUUUUGGCUCAAGACCCAGAGAAGCUCCAGUUCUGCGCCGAAGUAAGGUGGGCGGAACGUGACAAUGGCGCCAUCUGGGUUCUCUCCACGCGCUUCCACAAAUAUUUCCGCAGAGCCGUCUCUAAACAUGAAAUACAUGUACGUAUACUGCGCGUGGUGGAGGGUCCAUCUUACGUGUCGCUGCAGCCGCAUGUUCUGCGCCGAGCUGCCUGGCAAGCCAACUCUACUCUAUUCUGAAGGGUCGUUUUAGAUUAAAUCGCGUAUCUAAUAUCUUUGCCUAUAUUAUUAUAUAAAGUAUUUAUAAACAUCACAUUCUAAGUAUAAUAUAGUUUCUAUGAAUUUUAUAUUGUCAUUACCGCAAAUUUUACACAUAACUAGAACAUUUACAAUAUUAUAUACACUAAAAUACACAUUGAGUUCUGAAUUGAGGCGUGAUGAAUGUUAAAAAAGACAUUCAUAAUAUUAAAGUUGCUUCGAUCAAAUAAAAAGAUAUGGACUUCAACCUUAUACAACAUAAGGUCAAAAGCCCAAUAGCUAGCGCCGCUUGCCGCCGAGAUAAUAUAUUUUUUUUGCGAUUUUUGAUCCCUAUUUUAAGUGAUCAAUUAAAUAACAAUAGACGCUACGUAAUAUAAAAUAGAAGUAAAAAAUAUUAAAAAAAACAAUGCACCCUGUUUACAAGCAAUUCUCGGCACGCUAUUGUUGCAAAUUAUAUCUAUAGAGAUUUUAUCUCAUUAAUAAAUACCUACCUACUUACUUUUUUGUAUACGUAUACACGAAAAUUACUUAUUUUACAACGUUUACUACAUCUUAUCUAAAUUUUUCAUAAAAUCAUUGUGCAAUACCUUCAUCUACUAUUAAACAUAUUUUAAGGAAACUGUAAUAACCUAAUUUUCAUAUAAGUUACAGAUAAUAUAUUUCUCCAACUAAUACAAUCGUAAAAAUCAACCAGGUAACUAGAAAAUACAUUUAAUAGAUAUUUAAAGUACAUAAUAUUUAUUAACUUCAAUAUUUAUAUACUGAGCCUUAUUUACAUUGUGUUAGACUUUACAAGUUUUCAUUUGUUUUAUUAAGCACUCUUUAAUACUUGUAAUAUUUUCGAAAGUGUGAAUUUUAUAUCAAAAUAGAGACAGAAGAGGAAUUAUAAAAUCUAGUCUAGAUUUAAAUAUUACUAACGCAUUGUAAUAUUUAUAUUACCGUAUUAUAGUUCACAAUGGAUUAGGCUCAAAGUCUAGAGUUACCACGACAAUAUCUGUAUGACAGUCAUUUAUUUUUAUAAUUUAUGUGUGGUUAGUGUGAUUGUGCGUUAUUCUUACAAAACAACACUCAUAUAUAAAAUGUACUAAAAAAGAAAUCACCACCAGUUCUUUACAUUACGGUACAACCUACCCAUAUUCAACAACUACCUAUAGUUAUGUUACUUUUGUUUCUGACAAUCUAAUUACAUCCAUUACACAUAAGUAAAAAAGUUUAAAAAACAAAAAUAAAAAAAAAGGUACAUUAAAUUAAAUAAUAGCGUUUAUACUUCAUUGAUAUGAGUAUAAAAUACAAAAACGUGGUCAGUCUAGGUUACGGUAUUAUAACAAACCAAUAUAGCUACCUUCGUGUAUUUUAAAUAAUUUAACUAAAAGUAAAUUACAGGUAGUCGAAUAUUAUGAUUAAUAACUUAUAAGACAGCAAACCUAAUCUAGGAUACUAAAAGUUUUACUGUUAAUGUCAACAUUCUUUGCUUAAGGUUUGUAAAUGUUAAAACAAUAUUUACUACCCAUUACCAACCUGUGGGUCGAUGCUUUUAAAAUUACGUAACAUAUCGAAAGUAAAAGCGGGUGAGUACCUUUCAUUACAGGACAGUUGUAAUAACGUAUCGGUUUUUAAAUAAUUUGACUCAAUCUUACGCAUUUCUGAGGAAUAUAUGUUAAAAACAAGAAUCCGAAAUAGUCAAUAUACAAAGUUUUUGGCUAGUUGAUACAGCAAAUAAGCUAAUAUUUACAUAUAGGCAACUAAUGAAACAUCUACGAUAGGUAUGAGAAGUUGGGAAAAGGCUAUUUACCGAAAACAAACUGUUUCUCAAAUGAUACAUCAUUGUUACAUGCAAUACAAAGAAACAGUCAAAAAUAUUGUGAUACCCCGAUCACCGUGUUUUAACAUAAUACUUAUGAAAUACAAUAAUAGUAAGUUGCCAAGCCCGAUGAGAAUGCAUGAAGAUUGAACUUCGUAGAUUGUUAUGUUCGUAAAUAUGUUACGCACUGCGUUGUACAAAGCAUAUCUUUGUAAAAUAUUUCGACGGUCUCUCCCUUUUUAAAUAAAUUACUGAAUAUUGUUGUUACUUUAAAUUCUGAUAAAGUGUAUCACUUAUAUUGAUUGUUUUAAUAGGUUAUAAUGUUAAAUCGCCUGUCAACGCGAACUUAAAAAAUAUUAAUUAAUAGAAACAUAUGAAGCUAUUUGAGUAUACUGACGGUACCACACUCAUCCUGGUGGUCGCCAUUGUGAAGGUGCCGCCCUAAGAGGCUGUCGUUUUAUUAUUUGCUUCCUGCCACUGUAAAAUAAGCUUUUCGCUAAAACAUCGUAAAUAUGCAAUAAGGAUCUAUUGUAAUUUUGUACAUUUUUAUUAAAAUAAAAAAUCUUUAAUUAA